ACAGUUCCACCUCGGGUGAGGGUGCGGUGCGGGUGCUGCGCGGGGUGCUGCCUGUGGGUUCCUGUCCCUGCGGAGCCAGCAGCCAGCGAGCAGGAGGCCAGGCCCAGCCAGCCAGGCGGGAGGGAGCCGGAAGCCGCUGCGCAGGUCGGCCAUGGGCCCUCCAAGGCCCGCGUCGCUGCUGCUGCUGCUGCUGCUGCUGGCCACCACCUGCGCCGGGGCCAGAGAAGAAGUGCCGGGAACUGUUGGCCAGAGCUGUCCAAGGGAUGCAACGCUAUUCAAGCACCUCCGGAAAUAUGUAUACAGCUAUGAGGCUGAGAGCUCCAGUGGGGUCCCUGGGACCGCGGAUUCAAGAAGCUCCACCAAGAUCAACUGCAAGGUCGAGCUGGAAGUCCCCCAACUCUGCAGCUUCAUCCUGAAGACCAGCCACUGCUCCCUGAAAGAAGUGUAUGGCUUCAACCCUGAGGGGAAGGCCUUGCUGAAGAAGGCCAAGAACUCUGAGGAGUUUGCUGCCGCUAUGUCCAAGUACGAGCUCAGGCUGGCUGUUCCAGAAGGGAAGCAAGUCUUACUUUAUCCAGAGAAAGAGGAGCCUAAACACAUCCUGAACAUCAAGAGGGGCAUCAUUUCUGCCCUCCUGCUUCCCCCGGAGACAGAAGAGACUAAGCAAGUGUUGUACCUGGACACCGUGUAUGGAAACUGCUCCAGUGACCUCACCAUUAAAAAAGGGAGAGAACAUGUGGCAACAGAAAUAUCCAUUGAAAGAAACCUGGAGAAGUGUGAUCGCUUCCAGCCCAUCAGCACGGGUGUUAGCCCGCUUGCUUUGAUCAGAGGCAUGACCCGCCCCUUGUCCACACUGAUUGGCAGCAGCCAGUCCUGCCAGUACACCCUGGACCCUAAGAGGAAGCAUGUGUCAGAAGCCAUCUGCAAGGAGCAGCACCUCUUCCUGCCUUUCUCCUACAAGAAUAAGUAUGGGAUGAUGGCACAGGUUACACAGACUUUGAAACUUGAAGAAACACCUAAGAUUAACAGUCGCUUCUUUAAUGAAGGUGCUGAGGCCGUGGGUCUUGCCUUUGAAAGCACCAAGUCCACGUCACCUCCAAAGCAGGCCGAGGCCAUCGUGAAGACCCUCCAGGAGCUGCAGAAGCUGCAUGUCUCCGAGCAGAAUGCCCAGAGAGCCAACCUCUUCCACAGACUGGUGACUGAGCUGAGAGGCCUCAGCAGUGAGGCAGUCGCAACCCUCCUGCCAAAGCUGAUGGAGGUGUCCAGCCCCAUCACCUUGCAAGCCUUGGUUCAGUGCGGACAGCCCCAGUGUUACACUCACAUCCUCCGGUGGCUGAAAAACGAGAAGGCCAACCCCCUUCUGAUAGAUGUUGUGACCUACCUGGUGGCCCUGAUCCCGGAGCCCUCGGCCGAGAGGCUGCGGGAAGUCUUCAACACAGCGAAGGAGCAGCAGAGCCGGGCCACGUUUUAUGCUCUGAGUCACGUGAUCAACAACUAUCACAGGACAAACCCUACAGGGACACAGGACCUGCUGGAAAUUGCUGAUUACCUGUUGGAACAGAUUCGUGAUAACUGUACUGGGAACGAAGAUCACACCUACUUGAGUCUGAGGGUCAUUGGAAAUAUUGGUAGAACCAUGGAGCAGCUAACCCCAAAGCUCACAUCUUCAGUCCUGAAGUGUAUCAAAAGUACACAGCCGUCGCUGCUGAUUCAGAAGGCUGCCAUCCAGGCCCUGCGGAAAGUGGAACUUGGGGACCAGGUCCGGGAAGUCCUUCUUCAGACUUUCCUGGAUAACGUCUCUCCAGGGGAAAAGCGCCUGGCUGCCUAUCUCAUGCUGAUGAGGGCCCCUUCCCAGUCGGAUAUUAACAAAGUCACUCAGCUUCUCCCAGGGGAGAAAAACGAGCAAGUGAAGAACUUUGUGGCUUCCCACCUCGCCAACAUCUUACACUCAGAGGAGUCAUAUAUCCAGGAGUUGAAAAAGUUAGUGGAAGAAGCUCUGAAAAACUCUCAGCUUCCAACUAUCAUGGACUUCAAAAAAUUUUCCCGGAACUAUCACUUUUCCAAGUCCAUUUCUCUUCCAUCACUUGACCCAGUCUCAACCACAAUUGAAGGGAAUCUUAUAUUUGAUCCAAAUAAUUACCUUCCUAAAGAAAGCAUGCUGAAAACAACCCUCAGAGUCUUUGGGUUUGCUCCAGCUGAUCUCUUCGAGAUUGGUUUGGAAGGAAAAGGCUUUGAGCCAACCUUGGAAGCUCUUUUUGGAAAACAAGGAUUUUUCCCAGACAGCGUCAACAAAGCCCUGUACUGGGUAGAUGGUCAAGUUCCUGAUCGUGUCUCCAAGGUCUUGGUGGACCACUUUGGCUACACCAAAGAUGAGAGACGUGAGCAGGACAUGGUCAACGGAAUUAUGUUCAGUCUUGAGAAUCUGAUUAAAGAUUUGAAAUCCAAAGAAUUCCCCGAAGCCAGAGCCUACCUCCACAUCUUGGGCGAGGAACUUGGCUUUGUCAAGCUCCAUGACCUCCAGCUCCUGGGGAGACUGCUGCUGAAUGGUGUUCGUACUCUGCAGGGGAUCCCCCAGAUGAUUACGGAGAUCAUAAGGAAAGGUUCCAAGAAUGACUUGUUUCUUCACUACAUCUUCAUGGACAAUGCCUUUGAACUCCCCACUGGCCUUGGGUUGCAACUGCAGGUGUCCUCCUCCGGCGUCCUCACUCCUGGAGUCAAAGCUGGAGUGAAACUGGAAGUGGCCCAAAUGCAGGCAGAACUGGUGACAAAGCCCUCUGUGUCUGUGGAGUUUGUGACAAACAUGGCCAUCAUCAUUCCGGACUUUGCAAGGAGCGGGGUCCAAAUGAACACCAACUUCUUCCACGAGACGGGUCUGGAGGCGCGAGUGGCCCUGAGAGCCGGGCAGCUGAGGCUCAUCAUCCCCUCUCCCAAGAGGCCAGUCAGGCUCUUCAGCGCCAGUAACACAUUGCAUUUGGUCUCUACCACCAAAACGGAAGCGAUUCCACCUCUGAUUGAGAACAGGCAGUCCUGGUCAACUUGCAAGCCCUUCUUUAUUGGCCUGAACUACUGCACCACAGUUGCUUACUCGAACGCCAGCUCCACAGACUCUUCCUCCUACUACCCGCUGACCGGGGACACCAGAUUUGAACUGGACCUGAAGCCCACAGGAGAAGUAGAGCAGUAUUCAGCCAGCACUUCCUAUGAACUCCAGAGAGAUGGUGACGCCUUGGUGGACAUGCUGAAGUUUGUAACUCAGGCAGAAGGUGUGAAGCAGACCAAGGCUACUAUGAUGUUCAGAUAUAACCGGCAGAGUAAGACUUUGUCCAGUGAAAUCCAAAUUCCAGAUUUUGACAUUGAGCUUGGGACAAUCCUCAGAGUUAGUGAAAAAUCUACCAUGGAAAAAAAGGCUUACAAGCUCACCCUGGACCUACAGAACAAGAAGAUCACUGAGGUCACACUCACCGGCCAUGUGAGUUAUGAAAGGAAGGAAGAAGGCAGAAUCAAAGGUGUUAUUUCCAUACCACGCUUGCAAGCAGAAGCCAGAAGUGAUAUCCUCACCCACUGGUCUCCCUCCAAACUACUCCUCCAGAUGGACUCAUCUGCUACAGCGUAUGGCUCAACAAUUUCCAAGAGGGUAGUGUGGCGUUACGAUGAAGAAAAGAUUGAAUUUGAAUGGAACGCAGGCACCAACAUGGAUACUAAAAAAGCAGCUUCCAAUUUCCCUGUGGAUCUCUCUGAUUACCCUAAAAGCUUGCACACGUAUGCCAAGAGUCUCCUGGAUCACAGAGUUCCUCAAACAGACAUGACUUUCCGGCACAUGGGUUCCAAAUUAAUAGGUGCAACAAAUACAUGGCUUCAGGAAGCAUCUAGGAAUCUUCCUUAUGCCCAGAAUUUACAAGAUCAUCUCAGUGGCCUCCAAGAGUUGUACCUCCAGAAAAUGCAACUGCCACACAUCCACAUUCCAGAAAAGCUCUUCUUGAAAAGUGAUGGUCGGAUCAAAUACACGUUGAACCAGAACAGUGUGAAUAUUGAGAUCCCUCUGCCUUUUGGUGGCAAAUCCUCCAAAGAUCUAAAGAUGUUAGAGACAAUUUGGACACCAGCCCUCAGCUUCCAGCCUGUGGGAUUCUAUUUGCCAUCUCGAGAAGUCCGCAUCCCCACUUUCACCAUCCCCAAGUUGUAUCAAUUGCAGGUGCCUCUCAUGGGUGUGCUAGACCUCUCCACAAAUAUCUACAGCAACUUGUACAACUGGUCUGCCUCCUAUACCGGCGGCAACACCAGCACAGACCAGCACUGGAGCCUUCAGGCUCAGUACCACGUGAAGGCUGACUCUGUGGUUGACCUGCUGUCCUACAGUGUGCAAGGAUCUGGAAAAACCACGUGUGACCGCAGGAAUGCAUUUACGUUAUCAGGUGAUGGGUCUUUCCACCACAAAUUUCUGGAUUCAAAUGUCCGAUUCAGUUACACAGAAAACACCGGAAAUAAUCCAGCCUCAAAAGGUUUGCUUACCUUCGACACAUCUAGUGCCUGGGGACCACAGAUAUCUGCUUCAGUCCAUUUGGACUCAAAAAAGAAACAGCAUGUGUAUGUCAAAGAAGUCAAGAUUGAUGGCCAGUUUAGAGCCUCUUCAUUCUACACUAAGGGCACAUACGACCUGUCUUACCAGAAGGAUCCUACCACUGGCCGACUAAGUGGAGAAUCCAACCUGAGAUUUAACUCGUCCUAUCUCCAGGGCACCAACCAGAUAACAGGAAGAUAUGAGGAUGGAACCGUCUCCCUCACCUCCACCUCUGACCUGCAAGGGGGCCUUAUGAAAAACACUGCUUCCCUGAAAUAUGAGAACUAUGAGCUGAGUCUGAAAUCUGACACCAAUGGGAAGUAUGAGGACUUCGCCACUUCCAACAAGGUGGACCUGACCUUCUCUAAACAAAGUGCACUGCUGCGUUCUGAGUAUCAGGCUAACUACAAGGCACUGAGGUUCUUCACCCUUCUUUCUGGAUCACUGAACUCCCAUGGUCUUGAAUUAAAUGCUGACAUCUUGGGCACUGACAAAAUUAAUAGUGGGGCUCACAAGGCAACACUAAGAAUUACCCAAGAUGGACUAUCUACCAGUGCAACGACCAACCUGAAGUAUAGUCCCCUGGUGCUGGAGAAUGAACUCAACACCGCGCUCGGCCUCUCUGGGGCAUCUCUGAAAUUAACAACAAAUGGCCGCUUCAGGGAACACAAUGCAAAAUUCAGUCUAGAUGGAAAAGCUGCCCUCGCAGAGGUAUCACUGGGAAGUGCUUACCAGGCCAUGAUUCUGGGUGUCGACAGCAAAAACAUUUUCAACUUCAGAAUCAACCAGGAGGGACUUAAGCUUUCAAAUGACAUGAUGGGCUCCUAUGCUGAAAUGAAACUUGACUACUCAAAUAGUCUGAAUAUUGCAGGGUUAUCACUGGACUUCUCUUCCAAACUUGACAACAUUUAUAGCUCUGACAAGUUUUAUAAGCAAAAUUUUAAUCUACAGCUACAGCCCUAUUCUCUGGUAACUACCUUAAACAAUGACUUGAAAUUCAACACUCUGGAUAUGACCAACAAAGGAAAUUUACGACUAGAACCUCUAAAGCUGAAUGUGGGUGGGACCAUAAAAGGAGCCUAUGAAAAUAAUGAAAUAAAGCACAUCUACACUCUUUCUUAUGCUGACUUAUCAGCAAGUUAUAAAGCAGACACCAUAGCUAAGGUUCAGGGCACAGAGUUUAGCCAUCGGCUCAACACAAACAUCGCUGGGCUAGCUUCAACGGUUGAUAUCAGUACAAACUACAAUUCCGACUCACUGCAUUUCAGCAAUGUUUUCCACUCUGCAAUGGCCCCAUUCACAAUAACCGUCGACACACAUACAAGUGGCAAUGGGAAACUGAUUCUCUGGGGACAGCACACUGGGCAGCUGUAUAGCAAAUUCCUGAUGAAAGCUGAACCUCUGGCAUUUACUUUCUCUCAUGAUUACAAAGGAUCCACAAGUCACCAUCUCCUGUCCAGGAGGAGCAUGAAUACUGCUCUGGAUCACAAAGUCAGUGCCCUGCUCACUCUGGCCGAGCAGACAGGCACCUGGAAACUCAAGACCCAGUUGAACCAAAAUGAAUACAGCCAGAACUUUGAUGCCUACAACACUAAAGACAAAGUUGGUGUUGAGCUCAAUGGACGAGGGCUAGCUGACCUCACUGUGCUGGACUCCACAAUUACAGUGCCGCUCUUACUCAGUGAGCCCAUCAAUGUAAUUGAUGCUUUAGAAAUGAGGGAUACUGUGGACCAGCCCCAAGAAUUCACUGUUGUUGCUUCUGUAAAAUAUGAUAAGAAUCAAAAUCAUCAUACCAUCAACCUGCCAUUCUUUAACAUCUUGCCAGAAUACUUUGAGAAGACUCGCCUAGUUGGUAUAGUUGCACUGGAAGCUAUACAGAGAGAAUUGAAACACAUCAACAUUAAUCAACCCAUGAGGAAAUAUGGAGCAGCCUUGGACAAAUUCCCACAGCAAGUUAAUGAUUAUCUGAGUACAUUCAGUUGGGAAAGACAAGUUUUGAGUGCCAAAAAGAAACUAAGUGAUUUCAUGGAAGAUUAUAGAAUUACAGAAAAUGAUGUACGAAUUGCAUUAGACAAUGCCAAAAUCAACCUUAAUGAAAAACUAACUCAGCUACAAACAUAUGUGAUACAAUUUGAUCAGUAUAUUAAAGAUAAUUAUGAUUUACAUGAUUUUAAGACAGCUAUUGCUAGGAUUAUUGAUGAAAUCAUUGCAACAUUGAAAAUUCUUGAUGAACGUUAUCAUAUCCAUGUAAAUUUAGUAAAAAAAAUCCACGAUCUGCAUUUGUUUAUUGAAAAGAUUGGCUUUAACAAAACUAGAAGCAGUACUGCAUCUUGGUUUCAAAAUGUGAAUAUUAAUUAUCAAAUCAGACUCUGGAUACAAGAAAAACUGCAACAACUCAAGGCCCAGAUUCAGAACAUAGACAUUCAGCACCUUGCUGAGAAGUUAAAACAACAGGUUGAAGAUAUUGAUGCCAGAGUGCUUUUAGAUCAGUUGAGAACUACAAUACCAUUCCAAGAAAUAAAGGAAGUUAUUGAGCAUGUCAAAUACUGUGUUAAAAGUCUUUUUGAAGAUUUUGAAGUAACUAAGGAAAUCAAUGCAUUCAGAGCCAUGGUCCAUGAGUUAAUUAAGAUGUACAAAAUAGAUGAACACAUUCAGGUUUUAAUGGACAAUUCAGUGCACUUGGCCCACCAAUAUAAGCUGCAGGAGACUGUUCAGAAACUAAGCAGUAUCCUACAACAAGUCAAGAUACAAGAUCUUCUUGAGACACUGACCUGGUUUAUUGAUGACACUCUCAAGCAGCUUGAAGCAUUGUCUUUCCAACAAUUAAUUGAAGAAGUAAACAAAUUCCUUGACAUGUUGGUAAAGAGAUUAAGGUCAUUUGAUUACCACCAUUUUUUAGAUGAAACCAAUAAGAACCUUCAUGAGGUGACUCAAAGAAUCAACGGCAAAAUUCAGGCUCUAGAACUUCCACAGAAAUUUACAGCACUCAAACUGUUGUCAGAAGACAUCAAGGCCUUGAUCUCAGUCCAUCUGGAAAACCUAAAGGCCACCAAAAUAACCUUAUUCUUUGAUUGGUUACAGGGAACUCUAAGUUCAACACCCAUAGUUCACAUGAAAGCCAAAUUCCACGAGACCCUAGAAGAUGUACGAGACCGAAUGUAUCAAAUGGACGUGCAGCAGGAAAUCCAGCGAUACCUGUUCCUGGUUGGCCAGGUUUACAGCACGCUUGUCACUUACAUCUCUGACUGGUGGGAUCUCGCUGCUAAGAACCUUACUGACUUUGCAGAGCAGUAUUCUAUCCAAGACUGGGCCAAAAACCUGAAAGCACUGGUAGAACAAGGGUUCACUGUUCCUGAAAUCCAGACCACCUUUGGGACCCUACCUGCCUUUGAAGUCAGUCUCCGUGCUCUUCAGGAGGCCACAUAUCAGACCCCUGACUUCAUCGUCCCUCUGACAGAUCUGAAGAUUCCAUCGGUACAGAUAAACUUCAAAAAGUUGAAAGACAUCGAAAUCCCAUCCAGGUUUUCCACGCCAGAAUUUACUGUCCUCAAUACCUUCCACGUCCCCUCCUUUACAAUUGACUUGGUGGAAAUAAAAGCAAAGAUCAUCAGAACCAUUGAUCAAAUGCUUAACAGUGAGCUGCAGUGGCCAGUCCCGGAAGUAUACCUGAGGGAUCUGAAUGGGGUAGAAACCAUGCUUGCUAGAAUCACUCUACCAGACUUGUAUUUACCAGAAAUCAGAAUUCCAGAAUUUGUAAUCCCCAACCUCAACCUUACAGAUUUCCAAGUUUCUGACCUUCACAUACCAGAAUUCCAGCUUCCCCACAUCCCACACACAGUUGAAGUACCUGCUUUUGGCAAGCUGCACGGCAUUUUGAAAAUCCAGUCUCCCCUUCUCAUAUUAGAGGCAAAUGCUAACAUUCAGAACAUAACUACUUCAGAGAACACGGCAGAGAUGGAGGCUUCCUUCACUGCCAAAGGAGAAUCUAAAUUUGAAGUUCUUAAUUUUGAUUUUCAAGCAAAUGCACAACUUUCAGACCCUGAGAUCAAUCCGCUAGUUCUGAAGGAAUCUGUGAGGUUCUCCAGCAAGUACCUGAAAACAGAGCACGGCAGUGAAGUGCUAUUUGUUGGAAAUUCUAUUGAGGGAAAAUCAAACACUGUGGCAGGUUUAUACACAGGAAAAAAUACACUGAAACUUAGUAAUGAUGUGCUCCUCAAGGUAAAUAAUCAGCUUACCCUGAACAGCAACACAAAGUACUUCCACGAAUUGAACAUCCCCAAACUGGACUUCUCAAGUCAGGCCGACCUGCGCAGUGAAAUCAAAACCCUGCUGGAAGCUAGCCACAUAGCAUGGCGUUCUUCUGGGAAAGGGUCCUGGAAAUUGGCAUGCCACAGAUUCUCGGACGAGGGAACGCAUGAGUCACAAAUCAGCUUUACUGUGGAAGGACCCAUUACUUCCUUUGGAUUGUCUAACGAGAUCAGAAGCAAACACCUAAGAGUAAACCAAAGUAUGGUGUAUGAAUCUGCCUUCCUCAAAUUUUCCAAAUUUGAAAUCCACUCACAAGCUGAGUGUCAGUACGUGGGCCGCAGUGUCCUAACUGCUAAAGGCAUGGUCCUACCUAGAGAAAGGAAAGCAGAGAUAACUGGCAACCAUGAUGCUCAUUUAAAUGGAAAAGUUAUUGGAACUUUGAAAAAUUCUCUUUUCUUUUCAGCACAGCCACUUGAGAUUACUGCAUCCACAAUCAAUGAGGGGAAUUUGAGAGUUAGUUUUCCAUUAAAAUUGACAGGGAAGAUAGACUUCCUGAAUAACUAUGCACUGCUUCUGAGUCCUAGUGCUCAGCAAGCAAGUUGGCAAGCGAGUGCCAGGUUCAAUCAGUAUAAGUACAAUCAAAAUUUCUCUGCUGUAAACAAUGAGAGAAGCACCGAGGCCCACAUAGGAAUAAAUGGAGAAGCCAACCUGGAUUUCCUAAACAUUCCUUUAACAAUCCCUGAAAUGACUCUACCUUACACAAGGCUCACAGUUCCCCAGGUGAAAGAUAUCUCCUUAUGGGAAAAGACAGGCUUGAAGGAAUUCUUGAAAACAACAAAGCAAUCAUUUGAUUUAAGUGUUAAGGCUCAGUAUAAGAAAAACAAAGACAAGCAUUCCAUCCCAAAUCCUCUGGACGUAUUUUAUGCAUUUAUCAAUCGAAACAUCAAUUCCUUCAACAGGCAUUUUGAGACAGUCAGGGACAAGGCAUUAGAUUUUUUUACUGAAUCCUAUAAUGAAAUAAAAAUUACAUUUGAUAAGUACAAGGUUGAAAAACCCCUCGACCAGCAACCCAGGACCUUUCAAAUUCCUGGCUACACUAUUCCAGUUAUCAACAUUGAAGUGUCUCCAUUCACAGUGAAGAUGUUGACAUUUGGCUAUGUGAUCCCCAAAGAGAUUAGCACCCCAAACAUCACCAUUCUGGGUUCUGGCAUCUCCGUGCCCUCAUACACCUUAGGCCUGCAGUUCCUAGAGCUGCCAGCCCUUGAUGUGCCUAGGAAUAUUCUUCAGAUUUCUCUUCCAGAGUUGGCGGUAUCAGGUACCUCAAACAAAAUUUUGAUUCCAGCCAUGGGCAAUAUUACCUAUGAUUUUUCCUUUAAAUCAAGUGUCAUCACACUGAAUACCAAUGUCGGACUUUAUAACCAGUCAAAUAUUGUUGCUCAUUUUCUUACUUUCUCUUCUUCUGUUAUUGACGCCCUGCAAUACAAAUUAGAGGGCACCUCAAGUUUGAUGAGAAAGAGAGGGUUAAAGUUAGCCACAGCUUUGUCUCUGAGUAAUAAGUUCAUGGAAGGUAAUCAUGACAGUACCAUUAGCUUCACCAAGAAAAAUGUGGAUGCAUCGUUGACAACAACUGCAAGAGUCCAACUUCCAAUUCUGAGAAUGAAUUUCAAGCAAGAACUUAAAGGAAACACCAAAUCAAAACCUACCAUCUCUUCAUCCAUUGAAUUAAAGUAUGAUUUCAAUUCCCCCAAGCUGCACUCUACUGCCGCAGGGGCAGUUGAUCACAAGCUCAGCUUAGAAAGCCUUACCUCUUACUUUUCUAUUGAGAUGUCUACCAAAGGAGACGUCAAGGGUUCCAUCCUUUCACGGGUAUAUUCAGGGUCUCUUGCCAGUGAGGCCAGCACUUAUGUGAAUUCCAAGGGUACUCGAUCUUCUGUGAAGCUUCAAGGGGCUUCCAAAGUUGAUGAUAUCUGGAACCUUGAAGUAAAAGAAAAUUUUGCUGGAGAAGCCACUCUUCUACGCAUAUACACCAUCUGGGAACACCAUACAAAAAACCACUUACAGCUGGAGGGCCUCAUUUUAACAUCUGGAGAGCAUACAAGCAAAGCCACCCUGGAACUCUCCCCGUGGAAUAUAGCAGCCCUCGUUCAGGUCCAUACACGUCAGCCCAGUUCCCUCCUUAAUAUCCAUUAUCUUAGUCAGGAGGUAUCCCUGAAUGCUAACACUGAGAACCAGAAAAUCAGCUGGAAAAGUCAGGUUCAGGUUCAUUCUGGGUCUCUCCAGAACAAUCUACAGCUUUCCAAUGACAAAGAAGAAGCACGCUUUGACAUCUCAGGCUCUGUAGAAGGUUACCUGUCGUUCCUCAAAUAUACUGUCCUACCAGUUUAUGACAUGAGCUUGUGGGACCUCCUAAAGUUGGAUGUCACCACCAGCAUUAAUAGGAAACAGUAUCUCCGUGCUUCAACUGCCCUUGUAUACACCAAAAACCCCAAUGCUUAUCCUGUUUCUAUACCCGUGCAAGAACUGACUGAUAAAUUCAUUAUUCCUGGACUAAAACUAAAUAAUCUAAAAUCCGCCCAUGUCACACCUGCUUUCCAAGUCCCAUUUACAGAUCUUCGGUUUCCAUCCUACACGCUUGACUUUAGUGAAAUAAAAAUCUACAAGAAGCUAAGUACUUCGUCAUUUUCGCUCAACAUACCAACACUACCCAAAGUGAAAUUCCCCAAAGUUGAUGUGUUAACGCAAUAUUCUAAUCCAGAAACCUCUUCGGUUCCCUUUUUUGAGGUAACUGUGCCUGCAUAUCAGUUAACUGUGUCCCCCUUCACCCUUCCAAAAAGUAUUUCAGUUGGGAGUGCUGUCUUGGACCUAGAUGUGGUGGCCAGCUACAUUGCAGACUUUGAGGUACCGACUGUCACCAUGCCUGAACAGACUAUUGAGAUUCCUUCCAUUAAGUUUUCUGUGCCUGCUGGAAUUUCCCUGCCUUCCUUUGGAACACUGACUGCACGUUUUGGAGUGGCCUCUCCCUUGUAUAAUGCCACUUGGAGUGCUGGUUUGAAAAACAAAGAAGAUCGUGUUGAAACAUUCCUGGAUUCCACAUGCAGCUCCACCAUUCAGUUCCUGGAAUAUGACCUAAACGUUGUGGGGACACACAAAAUUGAAGAUGGCAUGUUAGUCUGUUCGACUAAAGGAUCAUUUGCACAUCGUGACCUUAGUGCAGAAUAUGAAGAAAAUGGCAAAUAUCAUGGACUUGAAUACUGGGAUGGAAAGAUUAUCCUUAACAUCACAAGCCCAACAUUAACUGAUGUUUAUCUGCGCUACCAACAAAGCAAGAACCAUCUCUUCUCCUCACUAGCCUCCCCAGCCAUAGGCACUGUGGCCUUAGAACAGGAAAACAUUAAUACCUCAUUGAAAUCAAACCUCUACUACCGCCCUCAGUCCUCUCCAGAUAAAAAACUCAACAUAUUCAAAAUUGAAAAAAGAGACUUGGAAUCAGAUGAGGACGUGCAGAUCAAAGCUAACUGGGAAGAAGAAGCAGUGUCCGAACUGCUCCGCUCUCUCAAAGACAAUGUGCCCAAGGCCACGGGGGCAUUUUAUGACUAUGUCAACAAGUACCAUCAGGAGUACACUGGACUCGACCUGAGAGAUGCUUCUUUAAAAUUGAGGAAAGGCUUGCAGAACAGUGCGGAUCAGGCGUAUCAAGGGGCCGUGAGGCAGAUUGAUGAGGUGGACAGGGGACUCCGAAAAAUAGCCAGAGGUACCACUAAAACCUACCAGCAGUGGAAGGACAGAGCCCAGAGUCUAUACCAGAAACUAUUGGCUCAGGAGGAUCAAGGUGAUUUCCAAGGACUCCGGAAUAAGGUGUUUGACAGCGUAAUAGGAGUCACUCAGGAAUACAAUGUGACAGUCAAGCGUGCAGUUGACUCAUUGAUCAAGUCCCUUAAGUUCACCAGAUUCCAGCUGCCAGGAAGAGCCAGGAACUACACUGGAGAUGAGCUCUGCAACAUGGUCAUGACAGAGGUAGGGGAGGUACUGUCUCAGAUAUAUUCAAAGAUCCAUAGUGGGUUAGAAAUACUGCUUUCCUAUUUCCAAGACCUGAUGGAGAAAUCUAAACUAAACAAGGCCCGAAAGAUUAAAUUUACUUUUGAUUCGGUGAAGUAUCAACUAACAGAUGUAGUCUCAGAGUAUGGGGAGCAGUUGAAAUCUUUAUCACAAGAUGUCCAAAAGGCACUUAGUGACCUCCACUCUAUCAAUAUUACAGAGAUUCUAAGUGAACUUCAGAUAUUUCUAGAAGGCAUUUUCCAAGAGAUAGAAGAAGAACUUACACGCUUAAAGGAGAAGAAAUUGGCUGAUUUCAUUAAUGAUAUCCAGCAGAACAUCAACACAACUUUCAACAUUUAUGCCCCAUUGGGUUUUAGACUCCUGAAAGAAAACCUAGACUCUCCAUUUGGUAUGCUUAAUGAAUUUAUUCAAAACACACUUUGGGAAGCUUCUCAAGAGUUACAGCAGCUCCAUCAGUACAUAAAGGCUCUUCGCAAAGAGUAUUUUGAUCCAAGUAUGGUUGGCUGGACAGUGAAAUAUUAUGAACUUGAAGAAAAGGUCAUCAACCUGAUCAAGAACCUAGUAGAUGUCCUUAAAGAUUUCCAUUCCAAAUACACUGUCAGUGCUACUGACUUCGCUUCCCAACUCUCAAGUCAAGUUGAACAAUUUGUGCAGGAGGAUAUCCAGGAAUAUCUUAGCAUCCUUGCUGAUGCAGAUGGAAAAGGGAAAGAGAAGAUUGCACAGCUUUCUUCCAGGGCUCAGGAAAUAAUUAAAAGCUGGGCUGUCACAAUGAAGGAAAUCAUUUCUGAUUACCACCAGCAGUUCAUAUAUAAACUACAGGAUUUUUCAGACCAACUCUCUGAUUACUAUGAAAAAUUCAUUGCUGAGACUGAAAGAUUGAUUGACCUGUCCAUUCAAAAAUACCACAUGUUUCUGAGAUAUAUUAUGAAGUUAUUGAAAGAACUACAGUCAGACACAGUCAAUGACAUGAGACCCUACAUAAAGGUUGCUCCGGGAGAAUUUACUAUCACCUUCUAAUUUUUUUACAGCUAUUCUCAUUUAUUCUUCUGCUCCAAUUAAACUUUCACUUAGUAGAAAAAAAUUCAGACUGUAUGUAUUAAUAUAACCAUCUGCCAAAUGAGCCCUGGAGCAGGCGGAUGACUACAAGCAGAAGGACAUAUGAACUGGAUCUGCACCAAUCUCUGAAGGUCUCUGAACUCUGGGAAAUGACUCUUUUUUUCAAGUUAAAGAACACAGGGAGCUGAGGUUUUUUUGCUAAACUUUUGGAGAGUAAAAAUAAAUAAAUUCUUUAUUGUGUAUCAUA